GCUGAGGGAAGGAGGAGUUUCCACCAGAAGUUUGUGUAAAAACCUGCACUUCUCUUUCAUGUAGCCCCCCUCAACAACUAGUAGAGCUGCUCCAACCAAACUUCCAUUAAAUAUUAUGGAAAUUCCUGCCAUAAAUCUAAAGGCCAUAGUGCUGGUACAUUGGCUGCUUACGAUAUGGGGUUGCAUGGCGUGGCUGCCCUACUCUUAUUCAUGGGGGAACUUCAGUGUUUUAGCAAUCGGGGUUUGGGCCAUUGCACAGAGGGACUCGAUUGAUGCCGUGCUCAUGUUCCUGAUGGGGAUGCUUGCCUCGAUAUUGACCGACAUCAUCCAUUUCAGCAUCUAUUACCCGACCAAUGACCUGUCGUUAGACCGGGGGAACAACGUGUUUCGCUUCAGCGCUGGCAUGGCGAUCCUCAGCCUGCUGAUCAAACCCGUGUCCUGCUUCUUCGUCUACCAAAUGUACCGCGAGCGUGGAGGCGAUUACAACGUUAACUUUGGUUUCCCUUCAGUAACUCGAAACAGAGACGCCUACCAGUCCAUCGACCAACAGGAGGAGUCUUCCGCCCCGGCGAACCCCUUCAACCAGCAGCAGGAGGUCAAAACAGCAGCAGCUCGCUCGUACUGAGAGGAGCAGCAACAAUGCAGCAUUUCCCUCUCCGCCCUCUUAUGCAGCAGUGCAGCUCUUCGUUUACACUUCACAUAAGUAUUUAUAUUUUGUACGGGGGGGGGAGGGGGGGGUCUGCAGAAAACAGAAUUUGAUACAUGUAUGAUUGGUGUGUUUGAAUAAAAUGCAGAGUAGUAACCCAAUUAAAUUCUCCCGUCAAAGGUCAGAACAUUUUUUUUGCUGAGCUGGCACAUUGCUGCUGAAUAAAUACAGAGGAACCCCCCCCCCCCACACACUCCCAUGCUGUGUUACUGUUGUGUCUGCCGACUAUUUUUAGUAGAGAGUGAUGAAUGUGUUCAUCAGUUUACUUUCCCCCCAGUGAGUCAGUUUUCUAACCGUGGUACACAUUAAAGGGAUAGUUCUGAUUUUUUUAAAGAGGUCGUAUGAGGUGAUUUUCUACACAUAGUUUAAGAGGAUGAAAUAGUGCAAGCUGUAUGUGGACCGAGUCUGCUUCAAAACAUACUUUUGCUUCCACUCUUCAAAAGAUUUCAGAUUAGUUAAAGUAUGCUACAUUUUCUCACACUAACUUUGUAUCAGUUUGGCAUUUCUAAGCAUGGUGUGCACGAUGUUGCAUCAUAGAGCCUUUUUUUUUUUAACGGGUCAGAAAGUGUGAUAACAAGCUAAGUAAGAAAAAUUGAGAUUCUGCUUUGAAUUUUAAAGACAGUGCAUGCUUGUGUUCUUUAGCGUUGUUAAAACAGAGAGUUGUCCGGUCAUCUUGUAGAUUACAAAGAAAUCUGUUCAGUGAUAAUGGACUCACUGUGCCGUCACUCUCUCCUCUGAAUAUAAACGUCAACACUCCUCAUGCAACACUGAGACAACUCCAUGUCUGUACUUAUCAUUAACUCCUGAUUAAUAUGAAAAUCAAACGAGGAAUGCUUCAGCUAGCAUCCUGCUAAAUAGCACGACUGAACCAAAACUUAUGGAAAGCGAGCGCUUACAAAAAGAAACAACAAACCAAACAACCCCCAGAAGUUUCUCUCUCUCUCUCUCUCUCUCUCUCUCUCUUUCUCUCUCUCUCUCUCUCUCUCUCUCUCUCUCUUCGGGUCAGUCUUAGUUUUUUGUCUCUUCAUUAAAGUGAACAUGAGCAGCUGAUUCGAUACUGUGAGCUGCCUGUGUAGGGAAACAGAGUUGUCAUGUGGUUAAAAACAAAGUCCCAGAUGAGAGAGAUAAAGCUGUAGAAAUAUUAAGUGCAAAAAAUAAGUGUACACGUUUUUAGAAAUAUAGAAUAUUUUGCCGGUUUAUGGAGAGGAAAGCUGAAGAGUGACAAUAGACACUGGGAGGAGAGAGCAGGUGAAGACGUGCAGCAAAAGGCAAAGGUCGGAUUUGAACCCACACCCGCUGCGACGAGGGGCUAUCCAGCGCCCAGAAAAGAAGUGUCUACUUAGUUAUAUUCAUUUUUCUGAAUGGGUUGGCUGAUUUUACCCAAACAUGUCAAGCUAAAUAUCCACAGCAGAACAUGGACUAGCGUCUGUGACACCUCAGCUACAUCCUCACCUUUAAAAAAAAAAAAAAAAAUCUGAACUAUCCCUUUAAGAUUAAUGUCUGGUACUCUUUAUGAUCUGUUUACAAUGAAAUUCACCUUGUUAUGUUGCUCCAGUUAGCUUUAAGACACAGCAGCACUUAAAACACUGGAUGCUUUCUCUCCUACGAGAGCCUGAAAUCACAAAUAAUGACAAUAAACGCCGUGCCUUAGAGAUCUACUUCCUGCUUUUGUACUUUUACAACACGAUGUGAAGUCAAGACCUUCAAGAAAUGAAUACCAAACUGAGGUUAAAAGCAUUUUUCCCCUCAUAACUGAGCAAGAAAAAACCCGCUAGCUUCUGUUCAUUUUUCUAAAAGUUUGUUUAUGCACAUAUUAAGAGUACAAUGACGUCUGUUAUUAUGAAAUAAACCUUAAAAGUGUUCAAAUAUAAAACCUUAAUAUGAUUAUUAUUACACUGAUAUGCUUAAAAACACGUUUCUUUCUCUAUUCAAAACAAUUUAUUUUAAUAUUUAUCAUCAUUUUUCUGUAAGUAGGCGACCUCUAGACUUACUGAAUUUGUUUUUGUGAAGUUAAACUUCCAGAAAGUACAUUUCAGUCCACAUGCUGUGCAGCCUCUUUGUUCCUGCUGUAUAAAAACACUGUGAUGCCAAAUAACACAUACUAUAGAGUGAUUUCAUUAUUGAAACGUUAACAGUACAUGUAGCUCCUGAAAUGCCUUCACUGUGUCACAUUUGUACUCCCUGAAUCCUGAAUAUAAAGUGUGCACUUGAUGAAAGCGGUCAGAGUGGCUGCAGGGUUGAUUUUUCUCUC